ACACAGUCUUAUUUUCCGAAAACUAAAGAAUGGCGCAUUUUUCAGGAGCCUCACUUGCCCAAGUUGGUUUGCUGUUGGUUUUGAUUUGUUGGACGCCGAGUUCGACUAGCGCUGCCUUUUCCUUGGAGGAAGAAUUCCUGCAACUGAAGGAAAAUUAUAUUCAAAUGAAACAAGUCGUGAAAAGUUUGGAGGCCAAAGAUGAACAAAUGGAGGCGCAACUUGAACUAAAUAAUGAACUAAGACAAGAUUUGGAAUUGAAAGUAAUUCAAUUAGAGGCCAAAAAUGACCAACUGGAAGUCAAAAUUGGAAAACUGGAGGCCAAAGUUGAACAACAAGAUUCGCUUUUAACUUCCCUUUUGCGUGAGAAAAAUGAACGCACAGCAGCAGCAACCGACUCUGUUCCGUUUAUCAAUAAUCAAUCGGCUGUGGCCAUCAACGGACUGCCGUCUUCUUGCGGGGAUCUCAAAAUGAUUGGCCACAUUUGGAGCGGAUUUUAUUCCGUCAUGGGAUCUUCGAUGAUGGAGUCCGUUUACUGCGAUUUCACUAAACUUCCUGGUGAUGCGGAUUUUCAGAAAUGGAUCGGAUUCGUCGACGUCAAAUCGGCGCCCAUCCAUUUCUACGUCACGAGAAAUUCUUCAUUUAACACAAUUGGAAUUCCGAUUCCAUUCGAUUUGGCGCGGGUGAACGAGGGAAACGCCAUGAAUUUGACGUCGGGGAAAUUCACGGCACCUCGACCGGGAAUUUAUUUCUUGUCUUUCACGGGAAUGGCGCAUCUUUCAGAUUCAUCUUCUGUUGAUUUUUAUUCUGAUCUUUAUUUGAACGGGAAUCUAAUCGGGAGGAGUAAUGUUCACGAGACUAAGGGCCCCGUCGAUCAAUAUAGUCCGUUGACCCUCCAGUUGACGCUCAACUUGAAAAAAGGCGAUCAACUCUGGGUGCAGAUUUGGUAUGAUGGUUCAUCCUCGUCUUUGAUUGACACCAGAAACCACCGGACCCAUUUCACGGGUUUCAUGUUGGACGAGGAAAUUGUGGCGUCACUUUGAGAUUCAACUUCAUCGGAGAACGGCGACACGGAACAUUUUCGACCAUUUUUGUUUAACGUCAACAUGUAAUUUUGGGGAAGGGAAUUUUAAGGUGGAGGAGAGAAAAUUCAUUCGAUUUUUAUUCAUUAAGGGGAAGGAUUUUCUUUACGAAAAUUAAACUGUGGAUGUAAUUACACUUACUGGAUAGUGGAUACACAAACCAAGUUUCAAGUUUGUAUCUGCAAAACUCUAGACGUUACAAACAGAAAACCAAUUUUGAUUUCCAGAUUUACAAAAUACAAGUGGACAA